UAUCCUUCAUGUCAAGUACAAUCACAAACUUUUGUAUUGUUGUACUAGAUAUGCUGGUGAGAGGACAACUGUUAGGCUAGGCCUAGUUAUUAUUACCAUGCUGCUAAAAUCACAUCAGGAUCUAUAAUGUAGGCCAGAUGAGGGUCUGCCUUUGUAUGGCAAUCUGGAAUCCAACAAUGUAACUUAAAUGUACUAACCUCAUCAAAACUGCCAUUGGCAAUGUCUACUGGAAAAAAUAUGUGAAACACCUACACCAAGGAAAAUGUUGUACCUACACCAUGCUCAUUGCAUCAGUUCACAAUGUUUUUGACUUGGUGCCCAUGGACACUCUGGCAGUGAGGAAAGCCACCGUCAAAGCAAAGCUUCUUGCUGGGUCAUACACGCUUCAAGGCACCAGAGCGAAGUACCUCAAGAACUGCAACCCAUUAUGUCUCAUGUGCCAAGCCAGUAGUGAGGAUAUCUGACAUAUUGUACUACGGUGCCCAGCACUGGAACCUGUCAGGAGUCAGUACAUACCGCUCAUACAUCAAUAAAUCAUUGACAACUGUGACCAUAUAGUUUGCUCAACACUCAUAAGAGAUGCUGACAAGUUUUUACAGGCUGUUCUUGACGUAACCAAUCCUCUUCUACCGCUAACCCUACAGAGCGAAGAAACUGCUAUAAGAGAGAGAACAUUUCUAGAAAUAUAUGUGUUAUGCCCUACACCUCCGUUGAUGUACUUUGCUGGACAUUGCCACUGGAGCUGGCCCGUUUUGGAAGCUGCUGUUUGAGUUACUGUAUUUUCUGAAGUAUGGUGUGAUUGAUGAUGUGACCAUCAAGGCAUAUUCUGAACUUACUCAAGAAGAACUGGCUGUGUAUGUGAAGAAGAGUAUGCAGAGUCGAGGUUUCUACUCCAAGGAAUUUUCUAUACUGCCCAAUGACAUGAGUUCAGGCAGUAGGGAACUGUUACUGGCCUUUGCCUGGCUCAUGUGUAAAGAGAAUGUUAUCGUCAAAUUUAUGGAACAGUGUUCCUCCCCAGUAGAUGAAAACACACUCUCCGUGUAUGAGUUUGAUUUGGAAGAGAAUAUCCACUCCAACUACCUAGCUUCCAGCCAUUCACUCAAUCCAGUACAGAAAGUCCAACAUCUGCAGCUCCUCAACGGCAAGAUGAGGUACAGUCUGAAACGGCUGUAUGGUCUUCAUAGAGAGAAGAUCAAGCUUGACCAUAAGGUCCAUGAAUGUACCCAGGGUGUCUCUCUGUCCCCCAGACUGUCACACCUCACAGCCCUGGAGGUCCACAUGCUGAAACAUCCAGAACUGUUGAAAAAGGUAUUUCAUCUGCUGGAAAAAGACAAUGAACGAUUGCAAAUACUGUUAGUUUGGACUGAACAAGAGGAAAAGUUUUGGAAAUGGAUGGAGAGUGUCCUUGACCUGAAAAUGCAGGAGAUGUCUGUCCAUGGAGGUCAAAGUGUGGCCAAACUGCUGUAUUACAACAUUCCACCUGAUAGUGUGAGUGGUAUGGAGACAGCCCGCCUACAACUAGAGGAGGCCAUAGUGAAGUACGAGUCUAUCAUAGAACAGCUGGAAGAUGUGUGGGAGUCUAAGAGAACCAUUGUAACAGAGCAGGAACUAGACAACUUGCUAACUUCCAUCAACAUGGAGAUUUCAUUACAGCAAGCAAAUCUUGCCCUUGACAACACAGAGCAAGUACUGAGGAAAUACAAGGAUCCUGGACUGUUUUACCAAAGGAACUCCACUAAUAGCAGCAAAAAGGUAUCUAACCUGCAGGUAUCGGGGCAUGUGAGGGACCUCUCUUGGCAAGGGGAUGGUCCAGACCCACCCACAGACAUUCGUUCAGAAAUCUCCGUUCUCGAGGCACAACUUAAAAGACUAGAAUUAGAGUCUCGGAGUAAACGGUCUCGCUAUUGUUCAGAUUUGGAUACUAUAUCCAGUAGCAUACCUGACUCUAUAUGUAUUCAGCCUAAAGGAUAUCGGUAAUACUAACUGUGGCGAGGGACUUCAGUGUGCGAGUGAUCGAGGCAUUACUGGGAUUGGGAGUGUAUAGGACAGUCCUUGUUCUACAAAGUUAGGUGUUCUAUAGCAGCACAUCAGUCAGAGUCGAGGAAGUCAGAGUCGAGGACAGCCAGGCUGUUAUUUCUGGUCCAUACUCAUUAUCUGCAUUAUAGGUAGCAUUAUAAUUAUAUGCCUUAACUUGAGCAAUUCUGUUGUAACAGAAAACAAAAAGUUUGGUCUAUUUAUAGCGAUUACAGUUAACGGGAUGCGUCAAUUGUGAUCACAGUGAUAUAUGUCAUUUGUAUGCUUGCACAUAGUCCUUAACUACGUUAGAUUUUAAAACAAACUUAUAAAAAGCAUUGCUUACUUGCUAUGCAUUCUAAUCUGUGGGAUCUGUUUUAAAUACCAGUGUAUACUCUCUCCACAACCAGAUUUGUUACAUGUUUUACUAUUGAAAAUUAUCAGUAUUGAACUCUUCAAAUAUGGAAAAUUAGAAAUUUUCUAGAACCUGGUCAUUAGUUAUGUAUACCUUGAUAUACCUGUUAAUGUUUUUCUCACAGUUUUAAAUUGAACUUUUCCCCCUGUAAACAUUUUGUACAGAAUAUAUAUAAAGGCCUUCAACUGAAUCUUUUUUUUUUUUAAAGGAGGAAAGAUAUGUUAAAACUGCCACAUGUCAUACUUAAUGUCUGCAAGCAAUCAAAGUAAUGAUUGGUGAUUAUCCAUAUAUAUAUAUUCAUUAACAAUGAUACUAAACCAACAUCUCUGCCAUUUAAUGGAUGGCCUGGGAGUUGAUUAAAAGAGACUGAUGGCUGAUGUGAAGGCAAGGCAUUAACACUGUUAUAUGAUUUCACAAAUAGAAAGAAUUGUAACUAGUUAAUCAUGUCAGUACAAUCCCAGGUGUUUCAGAUGAUAUCAGAAACUAUUUCAUAUUGAUAUCUAUCACAUCAGUUGUCAUACAUUAUACAACUGUAUAUUGUUAUCUAUCAGACAUUAUACAACUGUAUAUAGAUAUCUAUCAAACCAGUUGUCAUACAGCUGUAUAUAGAUACCUAUCAAACCAGUUGUCAUACAGCUGUAUAUAGAUAUCUAUCAGACCAGUUGUCAUACAUUUUACAACUGUAUAUUGUUAUCUAUCAGACCAGUUGUCAUACAUUUUACAACUUUAUAUAUAUAUCUAUCACACCAGUUGUCACAUUUUACAACUGUAUAUUGAUAUCUAUCACACCAGGUGUCAUACAUUAUACAACUGUAUAUUGAUAUCUAUCAUACCAGUUGUCACAUUAUACAACUGUAUAUUGAAAUCUAUCACAGCAGUUGUCAUACAUUAUACAACUGUAUAUUGAUAUCUAUCACACCAGUUGUCACAUUAUACAACUAAAUAUUGAUAUCUAUCACACCAGGUGUCGUACAUUAUACAACUGUUUAUUGAUAUCUAUCACACCAGUUGUCACAUUAUACAACUGUAUAUUGAUAUCUAUCACAGCAGUUGUCAUACAUUAUACAGCUGUAUAUAGAUAUUUAUCACACCAGUUGUCACAUUAUACACCUGUAUAUUGAUAUCUAUCACACCAGUUGUCAUACAUUAUACAGCUGUUUAUUGAUAUCUAUCACACCAGUUGUCAUACAUUAUACAGCUGUAUAUUGUUAUCUAUCAGACCAGUUGUCAUACAUUUUACAACUGUAUAUUGAUAUCUAUCACACCAGUUGUCAUACAUUAUACAACUAGAUAGAUAUCUAUCACACCAGUUGUCAUACAUUAUACAACUAUAUAUCUAUCUAUCAAACUAGUUAUCAUACAUUAUACAGCUGUAUAUAGAUAUCUAUCAAACCAGUUGUCAUACAUUAUACAACUAUAUUUAUAUCUAUCACACCUGUUGUCAUACAUUAUACAACUGAAUAUUGAUAUCUAUCAGACCAGGUGUCAUACAUUAUACAGCUGCGUAUUGCAAAAGAGGUGUCUCAUCACCACCAGAGUUUUGGAAUAUAAAAAUAUAAGUAAAAUUACAGGGUUUCCAUAAAUUAUGCUAAGUUAUUUAACAAGAUUAGCAAACUUUACACACUCAAACUGUCUAGCAUGGAUACUUUUAGCAUGAAAGUAUGAGAUUGUUACAGGAGCAUGUUUGUUUGACAAAGUAGGACCAAUAUAGUUUGUUGUAGUUAUAGUUUAAUUAUCUGUGAUGCAUUGGUGUUAUCACUCAUACUGUGAUGUUUAAUUUGGAAUUUUAUGUAGUUUGCUUUCCAGUCAGUUUUGUCAAUUUGAACACAGCACCAUAUGAUCAGUCUUCAAUAAUUUGUGUAUCUGAUGAUGGACUGGCCAUGUGUAUCCAUUAAAGGACUGGCCAUGUGUAUCCAUUGAAGGACUGGCCAUGUGUAUCCAUUGAAGGACUGGCCAUGUGAAUCCAUUGAAGGACUGACCAUGUGUAUCCGUUGAAGGACUGGCCAUAUGUUAAUGAUGUCAUAGAACAUAAGAAGGUUAAUUCAAUGUACUGCCAAUUUAAAAAGUGUAAUGCAUAGAUAAUCAUUUUGUAUAUUAAAUGUAUCAUGUUAUAUUUAUAUUUUCACCAGCAUUAGGUUAAGUUAAGUUUUUUAUAUAUGUACUUGUGUACAAUGUUAUAUUUGUGGUCAGUAACUGUAGAGUAAUAUCUCAUGUUAAUUUGCAGUCUUAAACACUUUCCUAGGGAUGCAAUGUAUGUGUAUCUAUUAUGCAUAUUCUGGCAUACGAGCGCGUAAUGUGGUAUUUAACAGAAAACAGUGAAUUUAAUAGCAUAAUCUUUGGCCUCAUAUUCUUUACAAGGCAGGGCAUCAUUUUGAGCUGACGACUCAACAAAGUUUUACCUUUUUUUGCUAUAUUAACUUAUAAAUAAUCUGACAUAAAUGCUUACAAUUCUGUAGAUAAAUAGCAAAGAUGUACAAUGUUCCAAAGCAACAACUUAUUCUGCUGUCACUUCAUCUGCUAGGAAAGGACAAUUCUGAUUGGUCAAUACAGAAGUGAUAUUUUCACACGGUGACAAACAUCACUUGUAAAAUCUGUCACUGCGUGAAAAAUAUCAGUUUCGUCUGGUUUAUAGAAUUCAAUAUGAUACUGUUGAAAAAUGUAAUAAAAAGAACUUCAUGAUAAGGAGCGUAGUACUUACAGUUACAAUGUUUAAUGUGUUUAUGUUAUAACAUCAUGUUGGGAGCUUCAGAUUUGUUGAUGAUUUACAUGUGUAUAGACAUUCAUUAAAAAACAUGUAUAUUGAAGUGUAUGUCUAUGCUAUGAUCAAAAAUGUGCUGAUCAUGAUCGCUGGUUGUUACCAUAUUACUGUAUAAAUAUUUGUGUCACUGUAAACAAAUCUGUUGCUAUAGAUGUACUGGAUUAAAUAGGACACCAGCAUGAUUAGUAUCAGUUUGUUUCACCAGAAUAGUGCUAAUAGCGGUAUUACAUUAUCAGUAUUCAUAAUGUUAUUUUAUAAAAGGCUUUCUAUGUCAAGAA